AUGAAUAAAGAGACUGUGCCGAUGUUUAAGUUUAUAGUCGUAGGAGAUCAAUCUGUGGGCAAAAGUAGCUUUGUAAAAUAAUAUUCCGAAUCCAUUUUCAUAGAAACUCAUAAACCAACUAUAGGAGUAGAAUUUGUAAAAAAAAUUGUUGUUGUGGAUAAACGCCGAGUUGAAUUAUAAAUUUGGGAUACUGCUGGACAAGAAUAAUUUCGUAGUAUGAUAAAGAGUUUUUAUCGUGGCGCAGCUGGAGUUUUUGUGUUAUACGGUGUGAAUCAAAGAGAUUCCUUCGAAAAAUUAAAUGAAUGGUUACAAGAAUUAUAGGAGAGUGCUCAUGAAGAAAUCGUUAAAAUUUUAGUAGGAAAUAAAUCAGAUUUAGAAAGAGAUGUAUCAAAGAAAGAGGCAGAAAAAUUUAUGAAUGAUAAUAAUUUUAGUUUAUUUUUUGAGACUUCCGCCAAAACUGGAGAAAAUGUAGAAAAGGCUUUUGUAGAAGCUGUUAAACUGGUGAUUAUGCGCAUGUUUACAAGUGAAUCGUUUAAAAACUCAAUAAAAACAAUUAAAAAGACUCCUGCAAAUUCGAGACAAAAUACAAGUAGAAAUGAACCCAUAGAUGAUGUUGCUUAAUCAUCGAAACCUAUACAACUAUAAGUUACUCCAUAAAAUUAAUAAAAAUAAGAAAAGCAGUGCUGUUGA